AUGCUGCUCGUGCUAUUCGUCGGCGCAGUCCUCUCGGUCGAGAGCUUCCGCGACCUCCUCGAGCAGUCCUUCGCCUUCCUCUCGGUGCUCUUCCAUGACCACCUCGCCUGCGUGCUCAGCACCGUUGGCUGCAUCGCGCUGCUGCUCAAGCUUCUCAUGCCAUCGGCGUCGACGGACGACUCGAAGAAGCAGGGCGCGUAUGGCUCGAUCGUGAUCCACAAGGAGAGCAAGAUCGCCCAGCUCUCGCACCCGUGGGAGGUGCUCUCGGCCGUCAAGAUGCUCGUGCAUACCAAGGUCGGCGGCGGUAAGCAACUCCCGGCCAACCUCGAUACGGACACGGCGUGGUGCUUUAAGAUGGUCAAGAAGGUCAGCCGCAGCUUCGCCAUGGUCAUCGUCGCGCUCCCGGACGAGCUUCGUCUCUCGAUCUGCGUGUUUUACCUGGCGCUCCGCGCGCUUGACACGGUCGAAGACGACAUGAAGCGCAUCGACAACAAGACCAAGAUUGAGAUGCUCCAGAAGUUUUACUUGCGCCUCUCGGAGCUCGACCUCUCGAUUCACGGUAUUGGCGAGGGCGACGAAGCCACGGUUUUGGAGCAGGCGGGCCACAUGAACCGCGCGCUCGCGUCGCUGCCCAAGUCGCACCAAGACGUCAUUAUUGACAUUACGCGCAAGAUGGGCGCCGGCAUGGCCGAGUUUGUCGAGGUCGAUAUGGGCCAGGGCACGGUCAAGACAGCCGACUACGACAAGUACUGCUACUACGUGGCGGGUCUUGUUGGCGAAGGUCUCUCGCGCCUCUUUUCGGCGAGCGGUCUCGAGCACCCGUCCGUGGGCGAGAAGACGGAGCUCUCGAUCUCGAUGGGCCAGUUCCUCCAGAAGGUCAACAUCAUCCGCGACUACCUCGAGGAUUUCGUCGAAGGCCGCACGUUCUGGCCGCAGGAGAUCUGGAAGAAGCACAUGGGCAACCUCGGCGACAUGCGCGACGAGGCCAAGCGCGACGCGAGCCUCAACUGCCUCAACGAGAUGGUCUUUGACGCGCUUCGCCACAUCCCGGACUGCAUGACGUACCUUGCGGCCAUUCGCAACCCGGACGUCUUCUUCUUCUGCGCCAUGCCCCAGGUGAUGGCGGUCGCGACUCUCGCGCAGCUCUACAACAACCCCAAGGUCUUUACGGGCGUCGUCAAGAUCCGCAAGGGUACGGCGUGCUUCCUCAUGGAGCACGCGACCUCGAUGCCCAAGGUCCGCGGUAUGUUCUCCGAGUACGUCCACGACAUUCAGGCCAAGGGCGUCUCGGCCGAGCGCACGCCGACGCUGCAUGCGGCCAUUGACGCCAUCCACGCCGACGCGCUGGAAGCGCCUAACAUGGGCAGCAUCGUCUUCCUCGCCUUCUCGAGCCUCGUGGCCGCGAUCCUCUUCCUUGUGAGCACGCGCGGCUUUGUGCUGCCGCCGCUCACGGACGCGAUCGGCGUCGGCGCGCUCGCGACCAUGUUUGGCAGCGUCGCCGUCUUGCUUGCGUUUGGCUUUACGCCGUUUGCGACGCCGACCAAGAAGACCAAGACCGACUAA